AUCAUAUAGUGUUUCUGUCACUUGUACAAAAUAAUAUAGUAUACACAUAUAAUGGACGGAGGACCAAGCCCUAACGCUUACCAAUUGCCUACGACCAUUGGCUUUCCGCACCAUAGUUUGAUCAAAUGUAGAAAUCCAGCAGUAAUGAUUGGCCAAGAGCUGAAAGUCAAAACGACAAAUAGCCAAGGGAUGUUGUACAAUAUUCGAGAUCAUACUCGAUUCGGUAAAGCACAUCAACCAAAAUACAAUUUUAGUAAGCAAAUGACCAAGGUCCAAGAAUGCUUACCGGCUCCGAAUAGAUACUAUCCAGAAAAAGCUAUAGGUUUCGUAAAGCCCAAAUACCCACAAAUAUCGUUAAAAAGUCGCACCAACAUAGGAAAAAUAGCGCAAGAAAGUCCGGCCCCAAACAUGUAUAUUUUACCGAGCGCCAUACAAGUGAAACAAGCGAAUAUAAUUACAGAGCCUACCAAACCACGUGUACUGUCAAAACACGACCAGGGUCCGGCUCCCAAUAGAUAUCUAUUGCCGCCAACAAAUAAUUACAAGUAUAAAAAUACAAUGAAAGUGAAAAUGUGGCCCAAAACUGAACAGAAAACAAAUACAGAUGGUCAGCCCGCACCAAACUUGUACAACGUAAGUGGCGAUUUGAACCAAGAGACCAGAGGAAAAACAUUUGGGAAAAAAAUUGGUGAAAAACGAAUUAUAUACUUAACAACAGAAGAUUUGAAAUAAUCAUUUAUUUGGCCAUUAUAAUAUAUACUAUAUAAUAAUUUUAACAUUUACAACUAAAAUACAAGCAAUUUGUACACUGCUGUGUACUUACCUCUUACUUUUCUAAAUACACGCACAUUUAAUUAGCAUCAAAUGUACUUUAUCCGCAGGUAUGUAAUUUUUAUUAUGGGUAUACGUUUAUACCUAUUUCAAAUCAAAGUAUACAUAAAGAAAAGUGAGAGCUGAGUACAAACAGGAUACACCCUUAUGACAAUAACACUAAAUACAAGUUAAUUUUGAAAA